CGCGGAGGCCCGCGACUGCGGCGGGUGCUGUGUGGGUUAGGGGAGCUGCGGCGGCGCAGCGGGAGGCUCCUUAUCCGCAGGCCGCCGGGGCCGACGGCGCGAGGACGACAUGGAAGUGAAGGAUGCCAAUUCUGCACUGCUCAGUAACUAUGAGGUGUUCCAGUUACUAACUGAUCUGAAAGAGCGGCGUAAACAAAGUGGGAAGAAUAAACAGAGUUCUGGGCAACAGAACUUGAAUACUAUCACCUAUGAAACAUUAAAGUACAUAUCAAAAACACCAUGUCGGCACCAGAGUCCUGAGAUUGUCAGAGAAUUUCUCACAGCAAUGAAAAGCCACAAGCUGACUAAAGCUGAGAAGCUUCAGCUGCUGAAUCACAGGCCUAUGACUGCUGUUGAGAUCCAGCUGAUAGUGGAAGAGAGUGAAGAACGGCUCACAGAGGAACAGAUCGAAGCUCUUCUCCACACUGUCACAAGUAUUCUGCCUGCGGGGCCAGAAGCUGAGCAGAAACAGAACACCAGUGACGUGGCAAUGGACGAAGAGGAGCCUGCAUAGAAGUGCAUCUGGCCCAGGCGUUUGAUGGGGGCUCAGCAGCCACGUCCCGGACAUUCAGGAGAUUGUUUGAUUUUACACUUUAUCCCACCAGGUCUGAUUUCAUGGUUAGUUGGGAAAAUCAGAAAAAUAAGCUGAAAGAGAUAUUUCUGCCUUGAGGGGAAGAAAAAUGGUGAAGGCUGGCUGAGGUUGUCUGGGCAAAGGACUAAGGAGGGGAGGACAAUGGCUGUGGACCCCUCUGUGAUGGAAAUAUUUCUUCUGUGGCCUUUGCCACAGUCAUAGGGAAGCCUCUGUACACAGAUGGUAAAAUACUUGCGUUGCUUUCGAUGGGCUGUGUCGUAAUUAGUUUCAUCUGCUUCCCCAGGAACUUCCUGGGGAAAGCAAGGGCUCAGAGCUCUGUUGGGACAGAGCCGAACCAUGAGAAUCUAGUUAGAUGCCUAAAAGACGCCCAGCGCAGCAAAUAGUUACUCUGGGUUAAAAGGAGCCUGACCUUGGCUCACCUCAGAGGAUUUCCUAGAGAACUGUGGAGAUAAGAAGAGAAAGGGCGUGGCCAACCCUUCAACUGGACCUAAAGGCCUCUUUCCUGUGCUGGCCUUGGUUUUGUUUACCAGCUCACUAAUGACUUGGUCUUAAUUACCAAGCUGUUUUUGUUGAAAAGAGGCAAGGACCGUGGCAAGGACAGUGCAGAGUUGGCCAUCUUCCUGACUGCCCCCCACUCCGUGCUCUGAGACGGCAGGUACUGCCUGUGAGGCCGAGGGCAGUUCAUCUGCACAGGAAACAAACGGUUUGCACCUUUAAUGUGAGCUUGCUUCUGCAGUGCUUCUCAGGAACAGAUGGAUUCCUAAGAAUUCCACUUUGCUUGCUGUUGCAGGGUUGCAUCCAUUUUUUUUUUUAAUAAAAAUAUUAAGAUAAUUACCACAUGAAGAUGAUUUUAAUAUUCAGGCUUUGGAAAGUUUAGUGGCUCCAGGCAUGUGGUUCUAGGAAUAUUGCUGAAAGUCUGAUUUCCCACAUUCACUGUUUCCUGUUUGGGGAAGAAAAAUGCCCGUAAGCAUUCGUUGGUAAGAUUAUUUUCAACACUACUAUUUAUUAGUCUAGUUCUGACCCCCCAGUUCAUUUCAACGCUUAUAUAUACCUCACCCCAACUCCCAGGCAAUUGAUUGCAGUUAUAUCCAUCUUAGCCUGAUCAUCCAGAGACCAACUGAAGUCCAUUCACAGGCAGCAUUGAAAACAGCAAGAGAUUGUAUUCUUAGAUCUCUCUUGAGCAUUGAGAAUUUGAUCAGGAACUGUUGGUUUAUUUGUCAAGGCAUAUUUGUACCAAUGUCAUUUUGGUUUCUUUAAAAGUGUGUUGGAUGAUUUUUUUUUUUUUCUUGAUAGAGGUAAGGCUUAAUCCAGUUAAUAAUACUUUGUUUCCAGGUAAUUGCCAAUUUGUGACACUUGAUAGAUCUUUGAAGGGUUUGUAUUGUCAUAGAUAGAAAUAAAGGAAAUCUGGCUAAAGACUAAAAUGUA